AUGUCAUCACAGACUGAUAUCGCUCAACAGGCUGCCACAAUAACGUAUGAUGCAGGCAACAUUGGAUUCACCAUCUUCAGCAUGGCCCUCGUAUGGCUCAUGAUUCCUGGCAUUGGCUACUUUUAUUCUGGCAUGGCGAGAGAGAAGAAUGCAUUGUCGCUGAUUGUAUGCUCAGUACUGUCGCUGGUGGUUGUAUCUGUGCAGUGGUUCAUCUGGGGCUUCAGUUUAACAUUCUCAAAAUCAGCAACAUCUCCAUUCAUUGGCAACCUUGAUAACGCAUUUUUACGAGGCGUGCUUAGUGAACCAUCCAUUGGAAGCGACAAAGUGCCCGACAUUGUAUUCUGUGCAUUUCAAGGCAUGUUUGCUGCACUGACACCUGCGUUGGCCAUUGGAUCUGCUGCAGAGAGAGGCCGAUUGCUACCCAUGAUUAUCUUUAUCUUUAUCUGGUCUACACUCGUCUAUGAUUUCGUUGCCUAUUGGGCUUGGGGUGCCAACGGCUGGAGCAGCAAGCUGGGCGCAUUGGACUUUGCUGGAGGAACCCCAGUGCACAUCACUUCUGGAUUCAGUAGUUUAGCCUAUGCCAUCAUUCUCGGCAAACGACAAGCUGGCGAAGACUUUAAACCUCACAACAUGUCCAAUGUCGUGCUUGGUACAGCCUUCUUGUGGUUUGGAUGGUUUGGAUUUAACUCGGGCAGCGCUCUCGCAGGCAAUACGCAAGCUGCCAUGGCUGCUGUGGUCACAAAUCUGUCUGCUUCUGUUGGUGCUAUCACUUGGAUGUGCAUUGAUUAUCGCAUUCAUCAUAAAUUUUCAGCGCUUGGGUUUUGUUCAGGCGCUGUUGCUGGUUUGGUCUCUAUUACACCCGGUUCAGGCUACAUUGGCCCUGCUCCUGCUGUGGCUGUAGGCUUUCUGGGCUCUUGUUGCUGUUACGUUGCUGUUCAAAUGAAGCAUCGCAUGAAAUUCGAUGAUAGCAUGGAUGUCUUUGCUGUGCAUGGCGUAGGCGGUUACAUUGGCUCCAUCUUGACUGGUAUCUUUACUGAAUCCUACAUUGCUGGACUGGAUGGUACAACUGAUAUUCCUGGAGGUUGGAUGAACCAAAAUUGGAUGCAGGUACCUCAUCAAUUGGCCGAAGCGACGGCCGGCGCUGCUUGGUCAUUUGUGGUGACCUAUAUAAUCCUCUAUAUUAUGAAUCGUAUUCCAGGUCUAUCGCUUCGUGUCGAUCACCAAGUUGAAAUUGAUGGUCUAGAUGUCGCUGAAAUUGGUGAACUGGCUUACUAUCAAGUUAACAAGGUGAUUGGUAUUGAUGCUCACACCGGCGAGCAAAAGCUGGUUUCUGAAGAAAUGAAAAGCAUGAGUAACACUCCAUCGCCUAUUGCACAAGGCAUGACGAGCAUUGAAAGAGUCAUGAGUGACCCUGGUGCUCAUCAUCACCGUGAGUCUCGAUCACCGCAAGCAUUAAACAACGUUUAA